AGUGAUUGCGGUGAAGCCUAGGGGCCAAAGCGUGAAGAGGGCAGGAGGAGUAGUAGGUAGCCAACCGCACCAGGGAUCGCCGGCGGAGAUGGCGCAGAGGGAGAAAUCCUCCGUCGCGGUCGCCUCCCUGUCGUCCUCCGCGCCAACCGCCGUGCCCUCGGGCGAGCGGUGGGGCGCCGCGAUCGGCAACCUGGGAGAGCUAGGCGCCAACGUCGAGUCGCUGCAGAAGCUGCUCACCCGGAAGGCCGUCUUCGUCGACGACGACGUCUUCUCCAAGGCCUCCCUCGCCUCCGAACAGGCCCGCUCCAUCAAGAUUCUUGACCAGAGGGUGCAGUCUCUGGAACGUGAACUGGACGCUGCCAUUUCUGCAGCUGCUCGAGCCCGUACGGAAAAACGCCAGGCUGAAGCUGCUCAACGAGCUGCAGAGCUGCGUGCACAGGAAGUCACGAAGGAGCUGGAGAACACCGCAAGAGUUUUCCAGCUGCACAUGGAAGAGCUGCGGGCAAAACAAGAGGAGAUCGCCAAGAGAGAUAGUGAUAUCAAGGUGUUGGAAGCAAUAAUACGAACCCUGAGUAGCAAAGAUGAUAGCGGAUCCAGCGAGUAAUAACCAUACACUGGGAGCAUUUGGGCAUUCUCAUUGAUGCUUUCGUGUUCAAGCAUCCCGGCACAUAUUUAUCGACUCCAUGUAAGCACUUCAAUACUCAGAUGAUUGUAUAUUGUUUUCACAAGAUCGAACACUCAGAUAGUCGCUUGCAAUGGUAUGCUGUCAUCCUGUUACUUUACAUGUUGAUAAUUGGCCAUGAAUAUCAAGCAGAAACUGUUGGCACUAA